GGACCGUGCAUGCCGCCAGCCGCCGAUCAGUUAUUACUCAUUCAUCAGAGCAGUGUAUCGCCGCCGCGUCUCAGUCACGUAUUAAUUCAGCAUCCUGCUGGGUGUGGCCCUUGUCAAGAAGAAGAAGUACGUAGACGGAGUCUGACACGUGGCAAAAGCAGCAGACUGAAGGAAGGCCAGCAGUAGUAGCAGCAGCAACCAGAGCCAUGGACGACAAUGUGGAGGAUUGCCCCGUGUGCCUAAUCACCUUUAACGAAACCUUCAGGAGGCCACGCAACCUGCCUUGUGGCCACACCCACUGCACGUUCUGCAUUAAUGAACUGAAAGAGCAGGGUGCCGUCACCUGCCCCACAUGCCGGGUGAGUCACGCUCUGCCUGAGGCCGGCCAGUUCCCCAUCUCAUAUAUCACAGAGAGCUUUAUCAGGAAGAUGAGAGGAUUGGCCUCUGUGGUACCCAAGCCAAUGAAACAGCUGACAGCCUCAGCACCAGUGACACAGCCUGCACCAGGAGCGACAGCAGGACUCAGCAAGAAGACACGGUCUUUGCUGCAGGAGCAAGAGGCCAAGAUCCUGGCCGCCAUCUGCUCCUGCCAGGAGGAGCAGAGCCAGCUGGCAGACUAUCUGAUAACCCUGGGUGGGUGGGAUGGCCACCAACAGCAGCUGGAGGACGAGCUGCAGAUGCUGGUGGACCAGAGCAAGGGUGCCCGAGAGACGAUAAGGCGAGAGAAGUGCCGUGUGGAGGGAAGGCAGGAGGAAGUGCGGCGGAGAGAAGAGGCGCUGCACGCCGCGCUGCAGGCGCUGCGCACCCCUGCAACACGCCAUAAAGUUUACGAAGUAAUUGAUAAUACAGACAAUCUACUGGAGGAGGAGGAGAGGGUGACGGUGUUUCCUGACGUCCACGUCGUCACCACCGUCAACAAGAAACCUCGAAAAAAGGAAAACAUCAGUUGCCCUCGCCUUUGUCAACUUCCAAAAAGCCUUCGACCUUUUUCACCACACCACCGUCAUCGCCAAAGCCAUCAACCUCCAGGUUCACCCCAUUCUGGUGUCCUGGUUCUCUGACUUCCUCUCCCAUAGUCAGGUCGUUAGGCAUCAGGGCGCUACCUGCCCCUUCAGUACAUCACCUGCGGAGUAUCCCAUGAGAGCGAAUAGGGCCGUUAUGCUUCCUGAUGUUCAUCAACGACGCCAUGACGGACACCAGCGCUCGGUGGAAAUACGUGGACGACACCACCCUCGCCACCGCCAUCGACAACACCAACCCAGACUACAGCCACCUCUAGCUCCUCCUUAACCGUCUCCACACAUGGACCACCGAUAACAAAGUCACCCUCAGCACCACCUCACAUACACACCUCCUCAGGCCCCCUUCCUCCUGUAAUGAGUUUGAGCUUUGUGUAGUUUUUCAAUUAUAUGAUUUUGAUUAAUGAUUCGACUCUUUUGGGAUUUAACGACUGUGCUUGUGUGUUCGAACUAAUGUACAUGUUUCGUUCGUAUUGUUUCAAUGUGUCGUUCAUUGUUAAUACCAAGCUGACAAAUGGGCUUCUUGUAUGAAUGCUGGCAGAAGAAGUAAAGAGACAGCAGCAGAAGGAUUUGUUUUCUCACACCUCCACUCCUGAACUGCUACAAGCUAUUUAGGCAUUCAGCGCAGUAGUACACGGUGCCUGACGACGCUAAGCCUACGAAGGUGAACGAAGGGGAUUCCAUGGAUCUCCGUUUAAUCCCCAAGUUUGACGGCACAUCACAAGCAGUAGUGGAGUGGUUUGAGAAGGUGGAGUUGACUUGCGUCCCGAAAGCUGCGUGAUGGCGAGCCCGUGGACGGCUGACCUGCGCCGCCUCGCUGUGCUGUUUGGCGGCGUGACUAACUCUUAUCUAAAUUGUGCUUUCGUGGGCGGCCUUCCUGAAGCUGCUCGCCAUCUCCUGAGAGCUGAAUCUCGCAUAGAGAGCAUGGAUAUCGAUCAAUUGCAUCGUGCUCGAGCUGUUCUGGCGGACGUCAACUUGGACUUCGGAACUUCGACACAGGUCACCUGCGUCAGUCGGCAUACUGCGGCGGCUUCUGCGUCACCGAGUGUUGGUGGUGUGCGCUGCCUGGCCUGUAAUCAGCUCAACCAUUACGCCCAUGACUGCUUGGCUGGACGAGGUGGACGAAGAGGUGGGCGUGGCGCCGUGCGCUGCUUUAAUUGUGGGCGGCGAGGACAUGUCGCUUCAAUGUGUUCGGGAAACGCAUCAGGAGAGGUGGAAUCAGCGCCAGCCUCCUCUCUGGACACCCAACGAGAAGUGCGUUACCCACUGUUGGAAUGAAGGUUAACGACGUGAAUUGUGAAGCACUGAUAGAUACCGGCUGCACGAAGUGCAUGUGCAUGUGUCCCUGUGUUCCCGAUGGAAAGGAGAAAACGUCAGUGUGAUGACUGAGUGGAGAAUCGUACGAGUGCAUGGGGACGGGAAUGGUGCAACUUCAGCUGGCAUCGGGAGUGUCUGUGUGAGCGCCCUUGUAGUGCCCUUAAAGCCACUUAACUUUGGCUUUAUAUUGGGCAUGAACGGCAUCGUAGCCCUACACGGUGUAAGAGUGUUUUCACCGAACGACGUGCGGUUUGCUAUAGAAGAAGUGCAAGCUUUAGCAGAUUUUGAUUAAUAUCCUAAUGUCCUUGUAUUGUGUGUUUGUGGUAAUAGUUUCAAUGAUUCGACUUUUUAGGGAUUUAACGACUGUGUGUGUGUGCUCAAACUAAUGUACAUGUUUCGUUCGUAUUGUUUCAAUGUAUCGUUCAUUGUUAAAACCAAGCUGACAAAUGGGCUUCUUGUAUGAAUGCUGGCAGAAGGAGUAAAGAGAUAGCAGCAGAA